AUUAAUAACAAAGGUAAAAGUCGAAAUUGCUAAAUAUUAACGUCUAACAAAAAAAUCAUGUGAUCUAUAUUUAUAAAUAGAACAAGAGAAUAAUAAUGCACAUAACACGUGAAUUAUUUGAAAAAUUGACGUUUUAGAAAUACGCACAUUGAGUUGGCUACACUGUUUCCAUUUUCAAAAUGUAAAAGCGAGAUUUCCGUUUCCUUUUCCGCCGACGUUUGACAGCUACAGAAAAUGCCAUCUGUAACGUUAAAAGACGUUGAUCAACACAAAUUUGUGACGGCUUUCGCCUCAUUCUUGAAAAAAUCUGGAAAACUCCGUGUUCCAGAAUGGGUAGACCUCGUAAAAACCUCAAGAGCUAAAGAAUUAGCUCCCUAUGAUCCUGAUUGGUACUAUAUCAGAUGUGCAGCAAUUGCCAGGCACAUCUACAUCAGAUCACCAGUAGGUGUAGGGACUGUAACUAAAAUUUUCGGUUCUCGUAAACGCAAUGGUACCAAACCUUCACAUUUCUGCAGAUCUGCCGGUAGCAUCGCCCGUAAAGCUCUGCAAAGUUUAGAAUCAGUCAAAUUGAUUGAAAAAUCAGCAGAUGGUGGCAGAAAAAUCACCCAACAAGGAAGGAGAGAUUUGGAUCGAAUUGCGGCCCAAGUCAAAGCAAAAGAACGUAAAGCACUUAAAGCUUCUGCUGUACUCGCUUUGUAAACCAUUAAGAUUAAAUAAAUAAUUAUUUAAUAUGUUUGUAUUUUGUUGUAUGGGUGGUUAUGUUAUGGAAAAAAUAAACUCAGUUAAUUUUAAAAUUGUAUUAACAUUAAUCGAUUUGUAUAUUUAAAGUCUUUGUGGUGCAUUUAAUUAAUAGAAAAAUACCAAAAACGUAUAUACGAGGUAUGUAGUGGUACAGGGUGAACUACAAUGAACUGAAUUUAUACAAAAAAUUGGUGGUAAUAUUGUACCAGAAUUUUCAUAGUACCAUUCCCAAAGGGGCUAGUUUCAGUUGCCUAUGUUUUUCAGGCGUAACAAAAGUAGAUUCCAUUUUAUUUUGAAGUUACACCUUUUCCAAAAUUAAUUGAGUAGGAGAGGAAAGAAGCUCUGUGUACAAAAUUCUUUUAAUAUGUAACAAGUGGGGAUUGGAUCUUCCACGUUUAGAUAUAGGAAGGGUAGUCGUAAAGACGAGAGUAUGUAUAUACCAAAAAUUCAAAUUUCGAACAACUGCCCCAAGGGAAUCAAUAAAGUCUUUUAUAGCUCCUCAAAUUUGCCAACCUUUACCAAAAAAAUAUAAUUUAUAUAUUGUAACAGUUUUGUGCCCUUUAUGUGAUAUUUUAUGUUUUUUUUUUGACAACUACCAGCGCCAUCGAGGUACAUUAAACUGAAUUGAAAAAAUUUUUUUUGGAAAUUUUAAUUUAAUUAAUUUUAUUCGUGGUGAUAUGAUGUCCUCAGAGAGUCGUACCCCACCGAGAUAAAAAAAGUCUUCAAAGUUACUAAGAAAGAAGACUCAUUUUUUGAUCACAUCAAACUUAUUCAUUGAGAUUUGAUGUUUUCAGAGAGUCUGCAUGAUGAGGUGUGUAUGACUAGGUCUAAUAUUAAAGACACAGUCAACUGCUUCAUAGAGAUCAACAAAGCCUUGAAAUUCCAGUUGAAAAAAAUAUAAUUUAUAUAUGUUAUAAUGGUCUCUUUAAUGAGAUUCUUUUUUUUUUGUAUUUGUACCAAUGACAACGUUAAAGUGGAUUUGGAAAAAAAAUUUUGGAAAUUUUGACAAACGUAGUUUUUGAAGUGAGAAAUUAAUUUUUUGGAUACGAAAAUAAUCCGGUGCAAAAUAAUGAAAAUGUAUUUAAAUAAAACUUGAAGCUUCUUAAAUUAAUGGAAAUUUUUCGUAAAAAUCAUAUAGUGGGUUUAGAAAUUAGCGAAAAAAAGAGUAGGUUUAAAUGAUAACACUUUCUUUUCUUAACGUCAGGGGAUUAUUUACUGGAAAAUGGGGGUUGUACAAAACUGUUUGGAAAAAUUUGAAACAAUUAAAAUUUCUGUGCGAUUAUUCAGAAAAAAGUCUUUAAUAACCAUACGAUUUAUUUCGAUACAGGGUUAUAAGCAUAAACUACCCCUGUUAUUUGGUAUAUAAUCUACUUUUGUUUUGAAAUAAUUGUUGUACUACGUAUUAAUUCAUCGUAGAUUUUUAAAAAACAUUGAAAAAUGAAAAAAAAAUGUUGAGAUCCACUUUUGAUAUAACAGGGGGUUGGUAUUAAAUUCAAAUUAUAUUCCCUGGAAACUCGGUUCAGUUCAUUUUAGUAUACCCAGUAUUUAUAACUUUCGUUAUAUUCACAAGGAAAAUAUAAAAAAAAUGACAAGAAUAUAUGGAAUGUGUAAAAAUAUGAUACUUUUAAUGUAAUAUCAUGCUAGCGCCGACCCCUCGUUUUUAUUAGUCCUAGAAAAUGAAAAAUUAUUCAAUUUCAAUGAAUAUUUUUGAAAAAUUAUCGUUUUUACGGCAGAUUUAUGGAAAAAAUCUCACUAGAAGAUUUCAUAUCAAAAGCAUUAAACUCUUGGAGAGUUGAGUUCUCAACCUGCAACACCAUUCGAAAUUACCCUUUACCGUAUACAAGAAAUUUAGUGAAAUCUAAUUUCAAACAGUCAGCUGCUCCACAGAAAUCAAUAAAGUUUCGUAUAGUUCCCCAAAGUUACCGACUUAUAUAUAGCAUUAAACGGAGUUUAUAUAUUUUUUUAAGAAUCUAUACAAAAAGAGACAUUUUGAAAAUUUUAUUAAUGGUUUACAAAUAAAAAUUGUUAAAUGAUAGUUUUUUUAAACCUCGCAUAAUCUAAUUGUUUAUUUGAUUUAAAAAUUUUUAACAAAAAAUCGAUUUUUGAAAAAACUAUUAUUUUAAGAUGUAAAUACAUGAAAAAUCAACAUUUUCAUGUGAAUUUUUGUAAAUAAAGAGUAGAAAAAUCCGGACUACUUUAGAAAUUAAAAUUCAGUACUUAUUCAACAUUUGUCAACUUGUAACUUAUUUUUAUUUGAAUAAAGUUUUUUAAAAAUAAAA